CAUGAACAUACAAAACCUAUAAACCACGCGAACGAAUCAUUUUUAGGUUGCACUUGUUCUUUAAUUCGUUGAUGUGAUUUGGCAAUCCCUUUAAUUAAUGAGAAAUUUCGUGUGAUCAAAAAUAACGCGAAAAAUGGAAUCAUCACAACGAAGUAAUGUCAUUGGAAUUGAUUUGGGCACGACGAAUUCGUGUGUCGCUGUUUAUACUCGUGGUAAAAUCAAAAUCAUUCCCAAUGAACAAGGCAGUCCCGUAACACCAUCUUACGCUUCAUUUACCGAGAACGAACAAUUGGUUGGAAUACUGGCGAAAAAUGCUACGGAUUUGCAUCCGAAAAGUACAAUAUUCGAUAUAAAACGAUUAAUUGGAAGAAGAUGGUCUGAUUUAACGGUGCAGCAAGACAUUGAAAAAUGGCCGUUCGUAUUGAGAAACAUAAAAAACUAUCCGCACAUCGAAGUCGAGGUCAAUGGAGAGAAAAAGCUAUUUUUACCGGAACAAAUCAGUGCCAUGGUGGUGAGCAAGAUGAAGAAGAUAGCAGAAGACUAUUUGAAAAAAACUGUCUGCUCUGCUGUGAUUACCGUUCCUGCAUACUUUAAUGAUGCGCAACGUCAAGCCACGGUUGAUGCGGGUCGCAUAGCUGGUCUAUCAGUUUUAAAAAUUAUUAACGAGCCUACAUCUGCUGCAUGCGCAUAUGCCUACAAGAACCGUGAAUACAUCAAAAAGGGUACCAACAUUUUGGUGUUCGAUAUGGGAGGUGGCACGCUGGACGUGACUAUACUUAAGAUUGAGCAGGACUACGUCACCGUUAAAUCCACCAAUGGUGACACUCAUUUAGGAGGUGAAGACCUGGAUUGUCGGCUCGUCGAUUAUUGUUUGGAUACUUUUCGGCGAAAGCAUAAUCACGAUCUGAAAGAUGACACAGUUGCAAUCCGCCGUUUGCGAACAGAAUGUGAAAAAGUCAAAAAGGAUUUGUCACAUGCCUUGUAUUCGAAGGUCAAUGUCUACCACAUUUACAAGGAUAUCGAUUUCAGUUUGGAAAUUUCGAGAGCUCGUUUCGAGCAAAUUAACGGAAGUAUUAUAAAAAAGACAUUGGCACCAGUCGAACGAGCUUUGAACGAUGCCAAUCUGUCAAAAUCGCAAAUUAACAAAGUCAUCUUAGUCGGAGGUUGUACACGUAUUCCAAUGUUGAAAUCGCUGCUCAAAGAUUACUUCGGCGCAAGUAAAAUAAACGACACUAUCAACGUUGAUACUACGGUUGCUUAUGGUGCUGCAGUGGAAGCUGCACACCUUUCUGGUAAGACGAUGCACGUUGGAGGAUGCUUUCUACGAGAUGUGACACCACUUUCCUUGGGGACAGACAGUGAAAUCCCACCGACCAUGAGCGUCAUCAUACCCAGAAACACGUUGAUUCCUGCGGAAAAAACAGUGACCUUUUCGACAAUCAAAGAUGAUCAGACCAGCAUUACAAUUCAAAUUCGUCAAGGAGAAAGUUCAUAUGCCCACGAAAACUAUCUAGUUGGUAAAUUUGAAUUGACCGGAUUUUUCAAGAGCCCGAAAGGCGUCCCAUGGAUCGAUGUGACAUUUGCUAUCGAUGAAAAUGGCAUUCUAACCGCAUCAGCUGUGGAUAAAACGUCGGGUACGUCCAAUAGCAUAAAAAUCGACAAGUGUACCGGCCGGUUGAAAAAGGAAAAAAUCGACCAACUGAUUAAAGAGGGCCAAAUCAUCCAAAAAGAAAUGGAAAUGCAAACGAAGGCGAAAAAAGCCGCGAUCGCAUUGGAAGACGAAAUUUUCGCCAUUAAAAGAAAACUGGACACUCGCCAAUUUGAAGACGAAUCAAAGUCCAAAGUUUUGAAAAGAUGUGACGAAUUGUUAUUGUGGGUGGAGGACAAUAAAACAGCAGCUGAAAGUGUCUAUAGAGAAAAGAAAAGGGAAAUUCGAGACUACGCAAAAAAUAAGUCCAGAUCCUCGUCAAAAUCACAAGAUCGAGACAAGAAGAAGCGUUAACAACGCUAAUUAUACCGGUGCAAUAGACGCCGAAAUACAAUUAUCAAUUGUAAAAUGCUGUAAGUAUUCGAUAUACUGAAAAUUUUAAUAUCCGACGACCAUAUCAAUGAAGAGAAAAUAAAAUAUUUGUCUGAA